CCCAUUUAGACAAACCAUGGAUUGAUGAACGCUUAAGCUUUGUAAGAAGAUUACGCUUUUUGGUGGAAAUUACUGAAAAGCGUAGGAAUUGUGCGCCUUCUCGAUACUUGGAUGGGUUUUAAGCGAUAAGCCUAAUUCUGUCCAACCUGAGAAUCAGUCUUCAGUCUUCACCUCAACACCCGACUCCGGAUCUAAAAUUCGUCGCUUUCCUCUGCAAGAAUCAGGUGAUUGAUUUGUCUCUGUUCCUCCUGUCUUUGUUUCCGUUAUCUUCUUUAUUUACCUUUCAUUACUGUUGAAUUGUUGUUCAUUCUAUCCAUAAAGCUGAAUAACGUACAUCAGAGAAAGAUCAGGUUAUAACAUAGGGAAAAUCAUUUUCAUACGAUUGCUCUCAGGCUUUAUGGGUCGAUUUCUAAAAUGGAUUUGAUUAAUUCCAGCUAAAAGUUGCUUCUUUUGGAGUAUGGGGUCAAAAUUCCGGCACCAAAAGUUUGCCCAUCUUUUUUUUUUUUUUUCUGAUUUAUGGUGUCUGCCUCUGCUAAUUUUUAUUUUAUUGCACGAUUGAUUUGUUUGCAUGCGUCAGAGAGCUUAAUCAGGGUUCCGGAAGAGGGGCCAAAGGGCGAAUUAUUUUUGUAAAAAUUCGUGCUUAGGUAUUGAUGUUUUCUUUGUAGGAAUGGCUGAGCAAAAGAAAAAACCAGCUGUUUUCACAAAGGUUGAGCAGCUCCGCCCCAUGGCAACUGGGCUCAAUCUCACCGUUAAGGUGGUCAAUUCAAAAACGAUUGUGCAACGAGGUCCUCAGUCUCGCCAGAUGCGGCUUGCUGAGUGCUUGGUCGGUGAUGAGACUGGAAUGAUCAUCUUCACGGCCAGGAAUGAUCAAGUGGAUUUGAUGAAGGAGGGCGCUACUGUGAUUCUGAGAAAUGCGAAAAUUGACAUGUUCAAAGGAUCAAUGAGGCUUGCAGUGGACAAAUGGGGGAGAGUUGAAGUUACUGAACCAGCUAGUUUUUCUGUGAAAGAAGACAGCAACCUUUCUCUCAUUGAGUUUGAACUGGUGAAUGUUGUGCAAAACUGAAGUUUUACGGGUGGCAGCUUAAGCAACCAGGUUAAAAAAGCAAACGAUAGCAUCUCUUUGCUUACGUCGUCUGCAACAUCUUCAUAUGUUCAAAGAAAAAUUCUCAAUACAUGUACUCAGAAAAAGCUGGGCUUUUCAGCUGAACAUAUAUGUAGUCGAGAUUGCUAGCUUUUUCAGCUAAACAUGCUCCCCGGCUUAGAAUCUGGGUUUAGAAUGUGAGUUGUGUGGGUAGACUUAGUUGCCUAAUCUUCUCUAAGUUUUACAUUUCAUCUCCUUUAUUAUGAUCAAAUAUAUACCAAAAAUGUUGUUUAAAUUCAACAUCCUUCAUGCUUUGUGGUUAACUUGCAAUACCCG